GAUCUUUCAAGUGGCUGCGGCCUUGGCGAACAACGCAGCCUCACUUCUGAUCUUCCGUUUUAUCGGCGGGAUGUUUGCUGCCGCUCCUCUCACCAAUUCGGGGUGAUGCGCUUUCCUCAGCCAGAUCGAUCGCCGCUGAACGUGAGUGUUCAGUGCCAUCAUUGCCGAUGUGUGGGAUGCCAGCACACGAGGCAAGGCAUUAGCUCUUUUUACCCUAGCGCCCUUUGCUGGCAAGUUCUUUUUCACUGAGUGGUAUGGUCCGUAACCGGACUCAGGCCCCGCUGUCGGCCCCAACCGUA